CACAAAGACCAAGCCAGGAUGAGCAGACACGGAUUCAUUAAGCCAGGUGAAACCAAUCCUGGAUAGGUGCGCGCUCACGGCUCACUCAAAUAGACCCCGCCACAGAUCACAGAUUAACUGAUUUACCAUGGCAACUAGAGCCGCGUACUUUUCCCCGUCGGAAGCACAAAUCCUCAUGGAGGCAUACGAGGAGGUAAAAGAUAUAAUUAAGAAGAAAGGCAACACCGCCACAGUGAUAAAGCAAAGAGAAAAAGCGUGGCAAAGUAUUGCAGACCGCCUGAAUGCAUUAAACAUGAACGGGCCAAAACGGACAUGGCAGCAGGUCAAAAUCAAAUACAAGAACAUUCUGCAGAAUGCAGUGAAAAAGAAUACCCACAGACAAGGCACGGGUGGUGGGUCACCAAAGGCUGACCUUACCCCAGCAGAGGACAUGGCCUUGGAGCUAAAUAAAGGCAGGCCCGUCUUAGAGGGGAUCCCUGGGGGGAAAGAGACGAGCAUAGGUUCCUCCCAAGAUGCCACCCGCUUCAUUCAAGUGUCUGGCAGCACUGUGUUCCUGUUAGAGCCACCAGCACAAGCACCAGACGAUGCUGAUCCAGGUGAAGGCCCCAGUGCAGCAGCAACAGCACAUGAUGGAGACGAUGAUGAGGAGGAGACCAUCUCUCUGGAUUCCAGAAGGCAUGAGGACCCAGAUGCUAUACAGUGGGAAAACCAGCCUGGCAACAUAAGCUCACAAGCUAUCAGAAAGUUGUAUGGCAACCACCUCCGGCGCCAAAUAGAACUGGCAGACAUAGACAUUCAGUACAAGAAGAAAAAGAUGGAAAAUCUUGCACUGGAGUCCGAAAUAAAAAAGAGGACAAUUAGGAAACUGGACCUUGAAAUAAAAAAACUUGAGAGGGAGGUGAGAUAUGCCUUCAAUGUACACUGUAUGCUAACUGUAACACAAAUGUAUUAAUCAUUAUUUUUCUUUCCUCCCCCAGCUCCAAGAAGAUGACACAGCUGAAAAUAAAAAUUAGGUAUAUUCUCGUAAAGUCAAGUGAGCCAUGACAUAUGAGCUCUUAUUGUGAGCACACAGGACGGUGGCAUCUUUCUAAGGUUUUUUUUAUUUUCCCAGCAAUCAGUACAACCAAGUCAUCGUUAUAAGGCAUCGCCCUCUUUUGCCCACCCCCCCAGCACCAGGUGUGGCCACUAGCCUAUAUGAAGGCCCAAAAUUGUGUGUUCCUUUCUGCUCUGACAAUGGCAUGCCCAUUUGUGCGAGAUGUGGUGGAUGAAGAAGCACUUGUGCUGAGGAGAGCCUUCAGGCGAGAAAGGGUCUUCAGGGACCGGUUGGACCCACUGGCCUUCCCUGAUGACCAUCUAUAUUAAAGAUACAGGUUUUCUGCAGAUGGCAUCAGGUAUCUAUGCAGACUACUGGGUCCCAGGAUUAAGCACCGCACUGCACGGAGCCAUGCACUGAGUGUGGAGCAAAUGGUUUGUGUGGCCUUGCGCUUUUUUGCUAGUGGAGCCUUCCUGUACUCAGUGGGGGAUGCAGAACAGCUGAACAAGGCCACAAUUUGCCGCACAAUAAGGAGUGUGUGUCUGGCUAUCAAAGCAUUAGCAGAUGUCUUCAUCUCCUUCCCUGGCCACAGAAGACUCUGUGACAUCAAAGAGGAGUUCUAUAGGAUUGCAGGUUUCCCCAAUGUCAUUGGUGCAGUGGACUGCACACACAUAAGGAUAAAAGCCCCCUCAGGUGCCCAUGAGGCCGAUUUUGUGAAUAGGAAAUCCUUUCACAGCAUUAAUGUUCAGAUGGUCUGCAAUGCUGACUGUGUGAUCAGCAAUGUUGUGGCAAAAUGGCCUGGCUCAGUCCAUGACUCC